UUCUUAAUUUUUUAUUGUUUGGCCUUUUCUUUUCUUUUAUUUCAAAUGGCUCCUAGUACAAAACCAAGUACACCGCCACCCAUACCAGAUGGCAUUCCUGAUGUAUUUAAGCUAGAUGAACAAAAGAUUCAGGCCACUGAAAACACCGAAAAGCAAGAAUUAUAUGUCUUACAGUGGCUAGCUCAAGUCGAACGCGAAAUAAAAGCAAUAGACGCUGACCUUUUAAAAAAAUCACAACCGUUUAUUGAAAAGACACUCUUUCGAUUGAUUUCACUCGCAACAGCAAAACCUAGAAGACCCAUUCGUUUCUUGAUUGGAAGAUGUUAUGUCAUUUUAUAUACUCGAGGCGAUUCUCGGACCUUAUUUGACACCGUGACAGCUUUGCAUAGUCUCAUUAGUGCCAACAAAAAUAUCGACAAAGAAACGAGAAUUGCGGCAAUAUCAACAACGGGUGCCAUUAUGGGGACAUCAGGUGGAAAGAUUUUAUCCCUGUUCGCAGAGACGGCGAUGAUAUUUCUGAAGGUUAUAAAAAGCAGUAGUAAUCCUUUAUUAUUGCGUCUGGAGACAGUGACAGCAUUCACCUUGCUUUUAAAGGGUGCAGGAAAAGCAGCGACAGAGCAGAUACUAAAAGAUUUGAUGAAACAAUUGCGAAAUGGAUUAGUGGAUAAAGCGUUAGUCAUGAGAAUUGCAUCAGCACAGUGUUUACAAGCCGUUAUUCAACAUGCAACACAACCUUUUACCCAGCAUGAUUUAGAAAACUUAUUACAGCACUGCUUUAAAGGCUUCGAUAAUUCGACAUUUCCUGUGCGACGAGCAAUAUCCUCAGCAUGCGCAACAUUGUUAGUUUUCUCUCAAACACAAGCAACCAUGGAUCCUAAUAAGCCUAACAUCAAACACGCUUCUACAGGAGAGGGAGCUAAAACAACCGAGGAAUCAUUGGGUAAAGGAUGUACACUCAUGUCGAUCGAGGAAAUGCUAUCACAGUUAUCAACGUGCUAUAAUCGAAUUAAUGCCUCGCGUGAGCUUAAGACCAGUAUUAUCGAAAGUUAUGCCACUUUAUUUGUUUUACUUGGAACUGAAUUUGUCGAAGCCAAUUACGCUACCAUCACCAAACAUAUACUCCACGAAAUUUUGGAUAAUAACAAAGCACCCAUUACUGCCUCUGAUGGAGCUUAUUUACGAGCACAAGUGAAUUUCUUACUUCAUAGCACAAUCGGAAAGAGGUUACUAAGUGAGCAAGGACAAGCAAAUGCAAUUCGUCUUUUGGUCAGUAAUUGGAUUAAAAAAUGGCCUGCACUCAUGGCAAAUCAAACCGCUCCAAAUAAACAAAUCUUAAUUUGUGUUACAAAUUUGGCAUCUGAGUUAGUCUGUGAAUUAGAAGGCGCUGCCAGUUCUAUACAGGAAGUACUCGUAGAACCCUUAUUUGUGCUAUUGACUCAUCCAAGUUUCUCUGUUCAAAUGGCUGCAGUUUGGUGUAUCCGCUGCGUGUGUAAUUCAGUCCCGUCAAAUUUGUUAUACUUACUACCAAAGUCUUUGACACUAUUGGAGAAAAACUUGAGCAACCUUACAAAUCAAACCACCACGGCUAAAGUAUUUCAACGUACAAUUGCCUAUUCUUAUACUGUUGCAUCUAUCAUGAGUGUCUUUCCAGCACAUCCGAUAUAUACCUCAUUUGAACUGAGUGCACGCUCAAUGUCGUUAGCCAAUCAACUCAUUAAACAAACAAACAAAGAUCACAAGAUUGCCAGUGUCCAAAUUCAAGUUGCUUGGACUUUGAUUGGGUCUGUUAUGUGUCUUGGACCCAACCUUGUCAAAAUCCAUCUGCCACAACUCUUGUUACUCUGGAAGAGUGCUUUGCCCAAGCCCACCGGAAAGGAAGCCAACGCUAUCCGUUCUGAGUCAGAAUGGUCAUAUCUAUUCCAUACACGUGAAUGUGUCACUAGUUCAAUCUACAGUUUCUUGGCUCACAACAGCCAUUCGCUUGUCACCCUCGAUAUAGCAAAAAGAAUUGCAGCUCUGUUGAAUAACACAUUGGCAUUUUUGGCUACAGCGCCUACAACCUUUGCAGCCACCACCAUGUCACCAUGUGUUCCUCAUGAUACCAGAUUGAUUGAUCAAUUUUAUUGUUUGAGACGUCGUAUAUUCCAAUGCUUUAUCACUCUUCGCCCUCUGUUAUCUACCUAUGAGUCUUCGCUCAGUAGUUUGUUAAGAAACUCGUUAUCGGUCUUUACGGAACCAGAAAAGAUUUUACCUUCAUCUGGUGCACAUCAGCAAGUGACAGCAACCGUGCCCGGACAAUUUAUCAGUGUUUGGAAUACAGCAGAUGGACAUGGUUAUGGAGUAACAAGCAAAAUGAAAGGAUAUCGUAUUGAUGUGGCUACUGUGAUUGACGACAAUAGCGAGGAGAAUAAUCGUGGAAAAGAAUGGAUGACCAAGGAUAGAUUUGAAAGAAUUGAGGAGUUGUUGGAGAGACCAAUGAUUGGGUCUCUUGAACUUGACCCAUAUUACGCAUAUACAAGUCUUUCCGAAAACCAGCUAUCUCAGCAACAGCAACCAAAGAAGAGAUCCUUUAUCCCUCAGCCGGUAUCUCCUUCCACAUCCUAUGUGGAUGCUAGCAUUGAACUCUUUGCCACAUUGUUCUCAAAUCAACCUGCCCCUGUUCAAGAAUCUACCUUUGAAUUGAUGGUGAAGGUAAUUAAGGAUCCUAAAUUAGAAAAAAAUUCUCCUAAAAGGGCUGCUGUUCUUGUCAAUGUGGUGGUCUCUUUAUUAGGUGCUUUUAAAAAUAUUAUGGUCUUAACAAAGAAGAGAAAAGUUGAAGGCAUCGUAUUCAGCCCUCGGGCUACUCGACUAAUACAAGAAAUCUUAAUGGAGGUUGUAGUUCAUCCGGAUCCGUAUUUGAGAAAUGCAGCCAGUGAAACAAUUGGUAGGCUGACUUCUAUUGUAGGAGCAUCUUUCGCUGCAGCUCAAAUGCAAGUCUUGGUGGAUUUGGUAGUAUCAAAUCGUGAUCCAGAUGUACGGGCAGGCUGUGCUCUAGCCAUUGGGUAUAUCUAUAGCCACGUUGGUGGUAUGGCGGCAGCUGCUCAUCUGAAAACAAUUGUCGGUAUUCUGCUUUCCUUGAGUAGUGACCCUCAUCCUGUUGUUCAUGCAUGGGCACUUGAAGCUAUGGCUAUGACUGUCAGUGCAGCUGGUCUAAUGUUCUCUGGUUAUGUCAAUAGUACUUUGGGUAUGGUUGCUAAGCUGUAUUUGAGUGAAACUCAUGAGCCUGGAAGUGGCUCGAUUGCUGUCACUAACGCUGGUAUGUCUGUCGGCUUUACUGCCUAUCAAGAAUUUGGCCGCAUCGUUUAUGAAUUGAUUGGUACACUCGGUCCAGAGCUCCAAGCUUCAUCUAAAGUCCGUGAAUUAUGUUUAAAUAUGGUGGAAGAGCUCAAGUUAGAACCCGAUGAGCGCGUGAAUGUAGAAGCCAUUCGUUGCAUUCAACACUUUUUAAUGUUUGCCCCCAAAUAUUUAGACACGCGUGAAUUAGUACCUUAUUUACAAAGCCAGAUUACAAGUCUCCAUUUGCCAUUGAAAAAAGCUGCAGUGACAUGCCUUUACCAACUAGUACAACGGGAUUCUGAGUUGGUAUUCAAGGCAUCACAGCCAGGUUUAGAUACUGAACUGUUUAAAAUGCUGGAUACAGAUCCUCAAUUAUCUGAUGUCAAAAAUGUGAUUCGAAGUUGGUUACAAGAGACUGCAGUGGCAGAACCAUCGGUUUGGGUCAAUAUUACCAAAAGAAUUGUUACAGGUUCUAGUGCGGGCAGUCAAGACACUGUCAAAAAACCACCUACAACACGUAUUUCUGGUGAUGGCGAUGACGACGAUGAUGACUUUAACGAUGAUGAUGCUGAUGGAUUCGUGGAUGAAGAUAAUGUAGAUAUCACAACAACGGUAGCCGAUGCUUCUGGUAUGACAUCUAAGCUCUCUGUCAACGUCGAAAUUCCUCCUCGCUGGCGAACCCAACUUUUCGCUCUCCAGUGUUUGCAAGAAACUAUUGAGCUGAUUUCUGCAAGUAAUAUACGUGAACAUUUUGAUCUCAUUGCUGCUCGUCGUCGUAGGCAACAAGCAGGUUUGGGUGAUUUCUUGGUUUUCCGUGUGCCAGAUUUGAUUCGUCUCUCCUUUACUGCUGCUACUGCCCAUGUCAAUGAAUUGAGGUUGGCCGGUAUCAACUUAUUGAAAAUGGUAAUUGAGAAAUUUGCCACUACACUUGAUGCCGAUUUGGAAGGCAUGCUGCUUCUUGAACAAUACUCUGCACAAAUUGGUGCAGCACUUACACCAGCUUUUGGCGCUGACUCUUCAUCCGAAAUUGUUUCAGCAGCGGUGCGUGUAUGUGCUAUUUAUGUUGGUAGUGGUAUUGUCAAAGAUCUGUAUCAGUUAGGCCGUGUCCUGAAAUUACUGACCUCUGCUUUGGAACGAUGUAAGGGCGAAUCAAAAUUGACGGGUGUUGGAGAGGUCAAAGAUUUAAGUCCUCAUGCCUCUGUAAUGGUAAAGCUAUCCGUUUUAAAUGCCUGGGCAGAACUCCAAGUGGCAAGUCAGAAACAAAGCUAUCUGAGACAAGUCCUUCAACCGAAUUUGGCAGUUUUAAGUCCUAUGUGGCUUCGUGCUCUUCAAGACUAUGCUCGCAUUAGGUUGGAGUCGGAUAUUGUGGCUUUAUCCAGUCGAACUACAGAUCGUAUCCAAGCCUCUUCGAAUAGUGGUAUUGAUUCUAUGUACUCUGCUGCUACAAAAGAUGUGGUACUACCUUAUUACCGUCGAUCUUGGCUAAAGAUUAUGGAGGCGGUUGCCACUUUGAUCGAAACGAAAGCUCCGUCCAUGACUGAUGCUAUUAACAAAAAUCCCGAUUCUGAUCAAUCAGAGGAUCACCCCUCUAAUUUGUUCUAUAUUCUAUUUGGACUUUGCAUCGAAAGUCUUUCGCGUAUAUCCAGUUCCAGCAGUAAUAAGAAUGAUAACUCAACUAUACCCAUCUGUCUUCGUGCGUUACGCACAUUUGUUCAGCCAUCACUUGCAGGCAAACAAUUUGUUCCGAAAGCCGUAUUUUUGGAGCUGAUGAACGUCUUUGACCGGUUGAUCCAAACAGAGAGUUAUCGAAUUCAACUAAUUAUUAUUGAAAUUAUCCAACGUCUUAUUCAAAACUACGGGUCUCUGUAUCUUUGUGACGAUUUGGAAGGCGAAGGUGAUUACCAUAUGAUGGAUGCUACUCUUGACCCUGAUGCUUUUCCUGGAACAGCCAAGCUCUAUUAUCUUUUACGACUUUUGACAAACGUCUUUUUACAAAAUGUUCCCAAGUUAUCUAUCAAGCCUGCUUCUUCACGUCGAUCCACCCACAGUUCUAAAGAAAGCUUGAUUCUUCUUUUGGGACCUUCUUUAGAUACACUUGCCUUACUUGUGGGAAUUACACCCAAGAGAUACAAGGUCGAUCUGUUGGCUAUUUGCUUUUAUGUAUUUUCUGAAAUUUUAACAGAAGAACAAUUCCAAAUGACGUUAGCUCCUCGCGUUCUUGUUUCCCUUAAAACUGUAUUCCAUAACUUUGAGGCGGAUCUGUCCACUGAAGAAGUGGAUUCAUUAGCACGAGUUACAUGCGCUGUUGUACAUACCUUGCUUGAUGAUUUCUUUGUAACAAACGACAAUGUGGAUGAAUCUAUUGCCUCAAAAAAGAACAGGCUACUGGCUGUUGUUCUUAUUGCAUCAGGCUGCCCUCAAGCUACCUUGAGAGAUAACGAAGGGAGAAACGUAUUUGUAAAUGUUCUUAAGAAUUCUCUUGCUUCGGAUAACAUAGAGUUAUCUGUAACAGCUCAUCAAUGCCUUCGUAAUUUUAUAAGUUUGCCUGAGAAAAAGAGCAAUAUGCCCUCUCUGGCUGAGCUAGGACAAACAAUAGUUAGUUCUACACUGCCAUUUAUUAUUAAUCGUCUGCUUAAUUACAAAGACAAAAAGAAGGAUGCAAAUGACAGUCUCUUGACUUCUCUUAACGAGGACACCAAGACACUUUUAACACUAUUAACAGGUGUUCAAGAAGAACAUAAGCCGUCAGUCCUUAGUAUUAUUUUGCCCACGUUGACUAGUAUUUUGGACGAUCCACCCUAUGACGGAACCGAAACUAAGGUCCACGAAGCAACCUUAAUACACUUGUUGGCAAUUGCUACUGGCACACCUUCUGUAUUUCGUGACACGGUAUCUAAAUUACCAACCAAUUGUCGAGUUAAACUUGAAUCUGCCAUGCGCUAUAGUAUAUUGGCUAGUCAAGAGCAACAGCAAAAGAUGCAGCAAAAAGAGCAGCAACGCAAAGCUGCUUAUGAAGAUAGUAAGCAACCCACCAUUGCUUUAAAAAUGAACUUUAGCAACUUCGGUUAGGCCAUAUAAAACUUUUUCCUUUCAGUCAUCUAUUUUAAUUAUUUUACACACCACCACACCAUUAAUAUGUUCUAAUAUAAAAGCCACUAAAUAUAUAUAUAAAUAUCACAAUAAAUAUGUUCUUAAUACG